UCAUCCCACAUUAGAAGAAUCCGUGACGUAAAGAGAUGUUGGUGACGUCACUACUCGUCUUUCCCAACCCACCACCAGUUCAAAUUCGACGCUCCAAAAUCUCCACCGCCACCGUAAUUCGAUCUUCGCAACCAUCGAUGGCGGAGGAGCAGCAGCGGAGACGAGUUGUGGUCUGCGGUGGCGGAGUCAUCGGCGUCUGCACCGCGUACUUCCUCGCCGAGAAGGGCGCCGCCGUCACCCUCAUCGAGCAAUCCUCCAUCGCGUGCGCCGCCUCCGGAAAAUCCGGCGGCUUCCUCGCCCUCGACUGGUGCGACGGGGGUCCCCUCUCCUCCCUCGCCCGCGCCAGCUUCAACCUCCACCGCUCCCUCGCUCAGCAACUCGACGGGCCCCAAUCCUACGGCUACCGUCCCCUCACCGCCCUCAGCCUCUCCCUCACCGAACCCUUUAGCCAGACCAUCAACCCAACCCACCCCUUACCUUCUUGGGUCGAUGGUCGGGCUAAAAAUCCUAGGGUUAUAGGGACCACUGAGACAAUUGCGCAAGUGCAGCCUGAGUUGUUUACUAAGACGGUGUUGGCGAGGGCGGUGGGGGAUUACGGGGUGGAGGUGGUGAAGGGGAAGGUGGAGAGGGUGGAGGUGCAGGGAGGGAGGGUUAAGGGUGUGGUUGUGGAGGAGGGAGGGAGGAGAGUCGGUGGGGACGCGGUAAUUUUGGCCAUGGGGCCGUGGUCUGGAAAGUUUGAGCUGUUGUCGUCAAUUUUUCGAGUGUAUGGGCUGAAGGCACAUAGUGUGGUGUUGGAGCCAAGGGAUCCCAGUGCGAUUUCGGGUCAUGCAUUGUUUCUGAGUUAUUAUCCUGGUGGGGGAGGGAAGGCUUUGGAUCCUGAGGUUUACCCUCGUCCUACAGGGGAGGUUUAUGUUUGUGGAAUGUCGGCUGAAGUUGAGAUGCCGGAUGAUCCAGAACAGGUGGUGGGAAACCCCGAUUCAAUUGCAAUGCUUAAAAGGGUCGCAAAGACUGUUUCAAGCCAUUUAGCUGAAGAAGCGACGGUGAAAGUAGAGCAAGCUUGCUUCUUGCCAUGUACGGAUGACAGUCUGCCAAUAAUUGGGGAGGUUCCAGGCGAGAAGGGAUGUUAUGUUGCGACAGGGCACAGUUGUUGGGGCAUUCUAAAUGGACCGGCAACUGGGGCUGCUGUUGCUGAACUUGUGGUGGAUGGUGAAGCUAGCAUUGUUGAUCUGAGCCCAUUUAGUCCGGCCAGGUUCAUUGGUGGAAGGAAACGAUAGAUGUAACUUUCCCAAAAAUGGAAGGGCAGGACAAAAACGACAGAAAAAAUAUAGCAUAGUGUUGUUGUGUAAUACUCAAUCUCAAAACGGCUGUUCCAAUUGUUCAGGUACUCUUUCUUUUCUGAUGGAUGUAAAUUUUGUACCAAUUGUUCAGGUACUCUUUCUUUUCUGAUGGAUGUAAAUUUUGUACAAAUUAAGUUAUGAGAAGAUGUAGAACUGGACUCUAAAUAAAUGGUUCAUUUUUUUGUUGUACAAA